GAUUUCUUAUGAUUCCUGUUUCUCUCUCUCUCCUUUUUCUUUCCCUGCUAAAUUUCAAAUGAAACUUUAAUCAACGCUACCGGAUCUAAUUUCUCAAUCUAAAAACAUAAAAUCUAUCCAAAUUUAUCACAAGUUUGGGUCUAAGACGGGAGGAUGUUGAGUGCAAGUUACAACAAUGGGCUCAAAUUGGGCCAAUAUCUGUUCAAGCUUUCGUCGGCCCUUUAGAUGAAUCCAAUGGCGGAUCCUCCGGUGAAGACUGAUCUGCAAGUCGACGCCGGCGACAUCAUCAGCCAAAAGAAUUCUUUAAUCCAAAAUUUGAUUACCUUCCUUCUCAGCUCUACUGUACCUACGUAUAUGCACAUGUGCUCUCCUCUCUGCUUCAGAUCCCAUCCGUCCUAGGUCAUCUGCUCUGGCGGCGUGAUUAUUUACUACUCUCACUUUGUUUGCAGCAAGCGAACAGUUGAGUAUGGGGAGCGAGGAGAAAUGGUGCGUGGUUACCGGAGGAAGAGGCUUCGCCGCACGACAUCUCGUUGAAAUGCUGAUCAAAUACAACAUGUUUUCCGUUCGAAUCGUUGACUUAGGUUCCUCCAUUGAAUUGGAAGCAAGCGAGGAGCAAGGGAUUCUGGGAGAGGCAUUGCGUUCCGGUCGUGCUCAGUACGUUUCAGCCGAUCUUCGGGACAAAGCUCAAGUGCUCAAAGCGUUUGAAGGAGCGGAGGUUGUUUUCCACAUGGCUGCUCCGAAUUCAUCCAUUAACAAUUACAAACUUCAUUAUUCGGUCAAUGUUGAAGGAGCCAAGAAUGUAAUUGACGCUUGUGUCGAGCAAAAUGUAAAGCGACUAAUAUAUACUAGUUCAGCCAGUGUAGUAUUUGAUGGGAUAAAUGGACUUACUAAUGCGGAUGAGUCAAUGCCCUACGCAUCGAAGCACAAUGAUUUCUACUCUGCUACUAAAGCCGAGGGGGAAGCUUUGGUUCUCAAGGCAAAUGGCUCAAGUGGACUUCUAACAUGCAGCCUAAGGCCCAGUGGCAUCUUUGGCCCUGGUGAUAGGUUACUGGUUCCAUCCCUAGUCGCCAAUGCAAGGGCAGGGAAAUCCAAGUUCAUUAUUGGUGAUGGCAAUAACGCCUAUGAUUUUACUUAUGUUGAAAACGUGGCACAUGCCCACGUAUGUGCUGAACGAGCUCUAGCUUCAGGAGGAAUAAUUUCAGAAAAAGCUGCAGGGCAGGCGUAUUUCAUAACCAACAUGGAGCCCAUCAAAUUUUGGGAGUUUGUCUCACUUAUUCUGGAUGGUCUUGGCUAUGAAAGGCCAAGAAUAAAAAUCCCUGCCUGCAUAGUGAUGCCGAUUGCACAUAUGGUGAACUGGACUUAUAAGCUUUUAGGUCCUUAUGGAAUGCCUGUCCCACAGUUUACACCUUCCCGUAUAAGACUCCUCUCUUGUUGUAGAACUUUUGAUUCCUCAAAAGCCAAGGAUCGACUUUUCUACACCCCCAUUGUUUCACUUCAGGAGGGUAUACAAAGGACAAUAGAAGCCUACUCCCAUUUAAAGGCUGAGCAUGAACAUAAAAAGGAAGGGCCAUCCAAAGCCUCAGCAUACCUCAGGGGAGGAACGGCUGCUGACAUUUUACUCUGGAAGGAUAAAAGGAAAACAUUGGUAGCAUUGUUAGUUUUGGUGGCUAUUUAUUAUAACUUCAUUGCUCCUGAGUCUACCAUGAUCACUGCACUGUCAAAGCUUCUUUUGGUGGCAUUGAUAUUUCUAUUUAUUCAUGGGAGUUUACCAGAGAAAAUAUAUGGAUACCGAGUUGAGAAAAUUUCUUCGUCAUGUUUUUCCUUGUCAGAAGAGAGGUCACGAAGCAUUGCCAUCACUGUAACAUCAUUCUGGAAUUCUUUUAUUAGACAUUUUAAAUCUCUUUCCAGAGGGAAUGAUUGGGUGCUCUUGCUUAAGGUUGCUGUAUCACUGUUGGCUCUUAGCUUUAUUGGAGUGAUUUCUCUUCAAACUUUAUAUAAGACAGUGGUUCUAUUUGCCUUCACGGGUUUCUUCUUAUACGAGAAAAAGGAGCAAGAGAUCGAUUCUUUGUGUCAAAGAUUUCAAGCUUUGAUUCGAAGCAAAUGCAAUGUGGUCGGAAAAGUUUCAACAUCAAAAGAAUAACGUGAUUAGUGCAAGUUGUGUUUAUACUGAAGUGGCGCUGAAGUUUACGUUGUCAUCUUGCAUUUCGGCCGUUGUGGGCUCAUGCCCUGUUAAAAAUAAGCAUUAUUCUGUGUCUGCUUUUUGUAUCUUUCUUUUUUCCUUUUUUGUAUUUUUGUUUGAUCUGAUUCUCCCCUAGUUUUUUGGAGUGUGAGCGCUGAGGGUUCGUGUAAUUUUUUUCAUUCAUGUUGACAAACCUUCCCACCCCAAAUAUAUAUGAGGAAUUAAUUUAUUUAUUACAUAUUACCACGUGAAUACGUUAAUUAUGUCAGUAGAAUAUAGUAUAGCUAUAGGACAUGGAUUAUUUUAAACUUUUAUUAGCUUAUUCACCGACCCAAAAUAUGUAAUCACAGGGAACUUGUUGAAAAGCAUAAGGAUGAUCUUGAAGACCGUUUCUUUUCCAUCAAGCUUAGUGAGAUUUAUCACGGAGAACCAUGAGAGAGACAUGUACUUGAAGAUCAUGCUUCAACGAUUGCCACGAGCAAAAUUACCCAUCUGUAGCAAGUAAUGGAUAAGGGGCGAUUGGAGAAGAUGAGAGGCAUUUGCUUGGAGCACCUUGGACAGUUGACAUCAUUCCUAUUGUAUUCGUAGUCGGAGGCCCCUUUUCAACUGCGACAUUUCUGAGAAAACCAAAGGAGCAAUCCGGCAGAGAGUGUGGCGGCGUGAGGUUGUAGAGAGGGUUUAGACAGAAGUGAAGUUAAGAAACGGUGGUGGAACAAUGAGUCAGUAGUGGUGAUAAUUUUGAUGGAUGUGAAUAGCUUGAUGAAUUCUGUGUUCUUGGGGGGAUUUUGUACGAAGGUCGCACCAAAGAAGAAUAAAGGAGGAAGAAAUAAAUUAAGUGUAUAUUUGUAAUUUCACUCAAUCAUGACAUCAAUAAAAUGUUAUUUGGCAUUUUUUUCUAAAA